AUGUAUGGAAGGAAGGGUUUUAAACUUAUAUCAGAACUAGAUUUAUUCUCUGAUAUACUACCAUUUAAUGAAGUAUUAGUUAAAGAAAUUUUAGAAGAGAUGCAAUCUCUCUAUAAUGCGAAUAUGGCAGAUAGCAAUGCCAUCCGAAAUGGUGAUAAUAUGGCUUUAUUGCCAUCUGUACAGUUAAGACAUAUAGCAUUAACAAGAAACAAAAGAUGCGUUUUAGCAUAUAUAUAUAAUAGAAUGAGAAAACUAAGAGAACUACGUUGGGAAUUAGGAAGUAUUCUACCUGCAGAAAUAAAUUCUAAUCUGUUAAAUGCUGAAGUUCAGUGGUUUCAAUCAUACAAUAAAUGUUUAGCUACAUAUAUGAGAUCUUUGGGAGAUGACCAUGGAUUUAAUCUAACAGCAAAUAUCUUACCUCCAAAGACUCCUUAUGUAGAGGUAAAGUGUGUGGUAGAUUUUGGAAAAUUGGAACUGGAAGAUGGUCAGAUUAUAUUGUUAAAAAAAAAUACAUAUCAUUUACUGCCAAGAACUAUAUGUGAACCACUGAUAAGACAGGGCAUACUUGAACAUAAUAGUACAUAACAUAAUUAUCUUUAUAUUUUGUUAA